AUGUCGAAUCUAAUACCGAAAGAUUUGGUUCCUUACCUUGAUUAUUUACCUGACAUUGAUCUCAAACAUAUCGUUAAUGGAUUCAUGACAUUCACUCCUAUGUUUUCAUAUGGAACUACUUGUUAUGGGAUAUAUCGGAAGGAAACAUCAUUGGGGUUUUCCAUUGAUAUAUGUGCUACGAUGUUAAUGGCAUCAAUCUUAAGAAUAUAUUAUUAUUUUAUAUCCCCCUAUGAAGUCACCUUAUUUCGUCAAUCAUGUAAUAUGAUUAUAAUUCAAUGCAUCUUAUUGAAAAUAAGUCUUAAUUAUCGACCUUACAAUUAUGAUCCUGAUUUCCUUACUCCGAUUCCUUUAUUCAAACAUGAAUUAAAUACCAUCUUACCUCGAAGAUUAUCAGCUAGUACUUACCCUGUCGAACAUGAAAGUUAUUACAUUGAUAAUUCGUUAUCCAAAUCAAUUGUCUAUAUCAUAACUGAUGCGUAUAAGUAUAUGAGAUUAUACGGAUACAUCCUCUUCAGUCAAAGUUUGAAAUUCUUUGAUGUGUUUUAUCAACGACCAUAUCAAUUCUGGCAAUGGAAAGAUGAAAUGAUAUAUUGGAAAUUCAUAACUGUCUUCGCAGGGAUAUUUGGGAUAUUAACACUCUUAUUCCAUCAAUACGUACUAUGGGGACAAAUCUUGGGGAUAUUGGGGUUAUUCAUUGAAAGUUUAUUACCAUUACCUCAAAUCUUAUUAUUAAAUCGAUUACAAUCGAUAAAGAAUUUUAAAAUCAUCCUUUUGUUAAGUUGGUUAGGAGGUGAUUUGAUUAAAUUAAGUUAUUUACUCUUUGGAGCUUCUAAUAUUUCAAUCAUUUUCAUUAUAGCUGCUUUAUUUCAAAUGGCUUUGGAUUUAAUCAUUGCUUAUCAAUAUUUAUAUUAUAAAAGUAUCGAACUCAAUAAUGAUGAUGAUGGAAAUGAACUCAAAUUAGAUGAUAAUAUAGAUUAUGAAUUAUCAGAUUUAUCACCAAGCUCGCCUCGUGAUAUUAAUAAUAUAGUUAAUGAAUUGGUCGAGAAAACUGAUAAUGCAAAUAAUGGUUUUGAAAUGCGUUAA